CGCCGAGACGCCAUUUUCCGCGGCGGGGCUGGAGCCGGCGGGUCUUGGGGCGGCGGCUGUGAGGGAGCAGCGGGGACAGCGCGCGCGGACGGCGGAGGAUGCUGCGGGGCGGUCGCGCCGGCGCUCCUCGCUCGUGAUAGCGGCGCCGCUUCUGAGGCGGCCGAGGCGGCGUGUCCCGUGCUGUCCCGCGACGCGCACGCGCCCGCGGCCUCCCGAGCUGACAGCGCCAGCGCGCGGCCCGCGGGAGCAGCACGGAUGCACGACAACAUGUCCACCAUGGUGUGCGCAAAGGAGGACAGGUUGGAGAAGCUGACGCAGGACGAGAUCAUUUCCAAGACAAAGCAAGUGAUCCAGGGGUUGGAGGCUCUGAAGAACGAGCACAACUCCAUCUUGCAAAGUUUGCUGGAGACACUGAAGUGUCUGAAGAAAGAUGAGGAGAGCAACCUGGUGGAGGAGAAGUCGAGCAUGAUCCGGAAGUCCCUGGAGAUGCUGGAGCUCGGCCUGAGCGAGGCACAGGUCAUGAUGGCCCUGUCCAAUCACCUGAAUGCCGUGGAGUCGGAGAAGCAGAAGCUGCGGGCGCAGGUGCGCCGCCUGUGCCAGGAGAACCAGUGGCUGCGGGACGAGCUGGCGGGCACACAGCAGCGGCUGCAGCGCAGUGAGCAGGCCGUGGCCCAGCUGGAGGAGGAGAAGAAGCACCUGGAGUUCAUGAACCAGCUGAAGAAGUACGACGACGACCUCUCUCCGUCCGAGGACAAAGACACUGAUUCCACCAAAGAGCCUCUGGAUGACCUUUUCCCAAAUGACGAUGAUGACCCCGGCCAAGGAAUCCAGCAGCAGCACAGCAGCGCCGCGGCCGCCGCCCAGCAGGGGGGCUACGAGAUCCCUGCCCGGCUGCGCACCCUGCACAACCUGGUCAUCCAGUACGCCUCGCAGGGGCGCUACGAGGUGGCCGUGCCACUCUGCAAGCAGGCCCUGGAGGACCUGGAGAAGACGUCGGGCCAUGACCACCCGGACGUGGCCACCAUGCUCAACAUCCUGGCGCUGGUGUACAGGGACCAGAACAAAUACAAAGAUGCAGCAAACCUGCUGAACGACGCCCUGGCCAUCCGUGAGAAGACUCUGGGCAAAGACCACCCUGCGGUGGCAGCGACUCUGAACAACCUCGCGGUGCUGUAUGGCAAGAGAGGGAAGUACAAGGAGGCGGAGCCGCUGUGUAAGAGAGCCCUGGAGAUCCGGGAGAAGGUUUUGGGGAAGGACCACCCCGACGUGGCCAAGCAGCUGAACAACCUGGCGCUGCUGUGCCAGAACCAGGGCAAGUACGAGGAGGUGGAGCACUACUACCAGAGGGCCCUGGAGAUCUACCAGAGCCGGCUGGGGCCCGACGACCCCAACGUGGCCAAGACGAAGAACAACCUGGCCUCCUGCUACCUGAAGCAAGGCAAGUUCAAGCAGGCAGAGACGCUGUACAAGGAGAUCCUCACCCGUGCGCACGAGCGGGAGUUUGGGUCUGUCGAUGAUGAGAACAAGCCCAUCUGGAUGCAUGCGGAAGAGAGAGAGGAGUGCAAAGGGAAGCAGAAGGACGGGCCGUCGUUCGGGGAGUACGGUGGCUGGUACAAAGCCUGCAAAGUCGACAGCCCCACGGUCACCACCACCCUGAAGAACCUCGGGGCUCUGUACCGGCGCCAGGGCAAGUUCGAGGCUGCGGAGACGCUGGAGGAAGCAGCCAUGCGGUCCCGUAAACAGGGCCUGGACACGGCGCACAAGCAGAGAGUGGCCGAGGUGCUGGGCGACCCCGAGAGCUCGGAGAAGCGCCGGAGCCGGGAGAGCCUGACCGCGGACUCGGUCAAGUACGAGAGCGGCCCUGACGGAGGGGAGGAAGUGAGUAUGGGCGUAGAGUGGAGCGGGGACGGCACUGGAGCUUUGCGACGCAGCGGCUCCUUCAGCAAACUUCGGGCCUCCAUUCGGCGCAGCAGCGAGAAGCUGGUGCUGAGGCCUCGGGCCAGGGCCCGUCUGGGGGCUGCACCAGGUCAGGGGCGGAGACGGCGGGGCUUGGGCUCGUGGGUUUACCCGAGAGGCGCGUGACUUGCUGACACUCAGUAUUUGUUUAGGUCCUUUUAAGUUUUAAUUAAAAGACUAGUUUUAAUCUAGUAAGACGAAAAGCUAGCCGUGACAACAUUGGACUUCGUGCGGGCGCCAGUACACGCAGGGAAGGGUCAUGUGCCCGGGCUUGAUCGUGAGGGGUUUGCCCAGGAGGCCUCGUGUCCAGGCAGCUUCGGUCAUGGUUGCGGAGCCUGUGCGGACACUUGAGGGCACCGCCUGGGAGUCGGGGUCUGAGGGACCCUGUGUUGAGGGCCGGUGGAGGUUGGCUCUCGUCCUGUGCUCAGUGUUAUCGCGUCUCGGCUGGUGCAGGCAGCCCCCCGCGGAGGCACUUCUCACGGAAACGCGGUUUCGUCAGCCAUUCUGUGGAGUCUUUCAGAACAGCACCUGCUUCUGACGGGCUGUCAGACUCGGUUCUAAAAGCGAUUCCGCCUCGAGUUCUGGGGGCAGGAGCCCUCAUCCCUUGGGAUGGCGAGGCCAGGUUCCUCGGACAGUGUCCUGGAGGCAGGGGGGCCUCUCUCUGCCACGUCCAGGUGCUGCAGGCUCAGCCCCCGCCUCGUGGGUGGGGGUGCUCUGCCCCGCGCCCACCUGCCUCUGCCUGUGGGCGGUCUCGCGGGUGUGGGCCUGGGCCACGGGGCCCUGCACUGCCUCUGGAACGGCGGUGACGGCUGCGCACAGCUUGGUGGUCGGGGUCUGCAGAGAGGACGCGCGUCUCUGAGGCCCACCGAGUUUCCGCUCCUGUGGGGCCGUGGCGUCUGCCCAGGCCCUGGUGCCCUCCCGAGUUGUGCCUGUCCCGAAGGUUUUCCGUGCAGAGUCCAGUUCUGCCUUGGUGUCUCGUCGCUGGGCCUUCCGCCCUGGUGACGGCCCAGAGUUUGCUCCCUUUCUGCUGCCUCUCCCGGGAGGGGGCGCCGUGUGGGCUCAGCCUGACCUGGAGUGAGAGGAGCCGGCCGCCUGCUGGCAUGCGCCGCCUUCCUGUGCGGUCUCACUGGAGACGACACUCAGCGAGCUCUUUAAAAACCGACUGAACUUAGAAACGUCAUCUCAUGAAAUUCUUCCUGCAGUGCAGUGAUCUUUGCAGGUAGGAGGUGCGGUGGGCAUUCACUGACCCAGUGGCUUUCAGAGCUGAGCACACGUCUUGGGUGUUUGUGACGCGCCUGCUGCUGGGCUUGGCCUUGGUCCCCGGUGCAGGGCGGCCACCCGCUGCAGCAGGAGUCAGGCUGGGGGCCCACCACCUCGGCUCUGGGAGCAGCGUGGCCGUGGGUGUGAUCCCAGUGAGUCAGGUGCCACCUGAGGCUCAAGCACCUUGGGCUUCGAAGGACGUGUGGGUG